GACUUGUUGGGCCGAAGGGCCUGUUUCCACACUGUAGGGACUCUAAUUCUAAUUCAAUUCAAAUUUAACAUUAGAGACUCUGAGUAAAAUGAGGGAUCAAACUUACAACAAAACUUGCAAAGUCAAAUGGUAGUUCCUACUCCCCAGUAUGCCUGUGAGACACGGUCUACCCACUCCAAAGACGUUAAACAAUUCGACAGGUUUCCACAUGAGAUGCAUUCAGAACACCAUGAAGUGCCUAAUGGGGGACUUCAAAGAGCAGAAAUUUCUGGACUUGAAGCAUUAAUCAUCAAAGCCCAGUUCAGAUGGAGUGGACGUGUGGUUAUGUACGAAUGAUGAUAACAUCCCUAAAAGUAGUCACAUAUUCAACUCAAGGGCCCCUUGAAAUCAAAUCCGGAAAUGUGGCAUUCCCAUCAUGUCCUGAUGGAAAUGUGCAUGAGAACCGAGCAAUCUUCAGUCAUGACGUUGUUUCCUUCAAGUUACAAAUACCAGAGGCAAGAUAGAAAGGCUAGACAGUGCAAUCGGACAAUUCACUCUUGCCAAUAAAUUGGAAAGCCUUGUAAAUUGGUGGUCAGGCAUCACAACCACAUUAGAAGCUGUGACAACGUGAAUGCACGAAAUGGCCAUCAUCAAUAAUGAAGGGAAAAUGAUGAUGACCAGGUCAGGAUAGAAGAUUGAACAAGGCAUAUAGGAGUUAGUGUCAUUGAUCUCUAUCUAUAUUCUAGAAUUACAGUGUCUAGAAAGAAGGUUGCUAAGGAACAAGCAACAAAGCUGUGUAUGAUGUUGUCAUGAUGCAAUAAGCAUUACCUAGUGAGCUCAGGGGAGGUUCCAAUUGCAUGUCCACAUGCCCCCACCCCGAUUUGAACUUUAGCUGCUCGGAACUGGGGUGGGAAGAAGGGUCACUAAAACAGGACUCGGCAUCUGUAAACGGAAGUAGUUACAUCAAAUUUACCCCUCCCUCUGUCUUCCUCCUCUCCUCCCCACCCCCACCUGUGACCCACCCCCCGCCUUGCUGCAGUCAGAACAAGGUGUAUAUCAGGUGACAAAAGGCCUAAGCUUCAUUGUGAUGCCCCAAUGGUCCAUCAAGUUGCCGGCAGUCAGGGCCCAUGUUCACACAUGAAGACCUGUGUCAGCUGUAAGCCAACCAACUCUUGUGGAAAUGGCGGACGACGAGCAAGCUGCAGCUCCUGCGGAAGAGGGGCAGCCCGAGGAGGCACCACCUGAGGAACCCGCCCCAGAAGAGGCACCACCUGAGGAACCCGCCCCAGAAGAGGCACCACCUGAGGAAGAGGCACCACCUGAGGCACCAGCCCCAGAAGAGGCACCACCUGAACCGGCCCCAGAAGAGGCCCCACCUGAACCGGCCCCAGAAGAGGCCCCACCUGAACCGGCCCCAGAAGAGGCACCACCUGAACCGGCCCCAGAGGAAGCACCACCUGCAGAAGCCAAGGAAGAGGCACCACCUGCAGAAGCCAAGAAAGAGGAACCGCCCGAGGAAGUCAAGAAAGAGGAACCACCUGCAGAAGCCAAGGAGGAGGCACCUCCUGAGGAAGCCAAGAAAGAGGAACCGCCCGAGGAAGUCAAGAAAGAGGAACCACCUGCCGAAGCCAAGAAAGAGGAACCACCUGCCGAAGCCAAGAAAGAGGAAGCUCCUGCCGAAGCCAAGAAAGAGGAAGCUCCUGCCGAAGCCAAGAAAGAGGGAGAGAGCUGUGAAGUACCUCCUGGGGAAGAGAAGAAAGCGGACAAAAGUUGUGAAAAGCCAAAGCCGGAAGAGGAGAAAGAAAAACCCAAGGCAGGUGAAGAGACAUGUGAGCGAGCAAAGUCCCAAGAGGAGAAAGAAAAGGAGGAGAAGGAAAAGGAGGAGAAAGAAAAGGCCAAGAAAGCCACGGACACAUGCGAGAAACCAAAGCCCCAAGAGGAGAAAGAGAAAGAGGAGAAACAAAAGGCCAAGAAAGCCGAAUGUGAGAGACUAAAAGCAGAGAAAGCCAAGGAAGAGCGGCCAAAACCCGCAGAAAGUUCUUGUGCCAAACCGAAGCCUGAAGAGAGACCGAAACCUGCAGAAGCUUGCGAGAAAUCAAAAGAGGAAGGGAAGAUUUGUACGUGCCGAGACUCGAAGCCAGCAAACGGAGGCUGCAAGUGGGUAGAGCCAAAGGAAACCUCAGCCAGCUCCAACCAGUGCUCGAAAGGCAAUGAAUCCUUCUGUAGCUGCGGGAGCCCAAAGGAUCCCGGAGCCAAGACCUGUGCAGGUGCCCAAUCAGGAGCCUGCAGCUGUGGGUUCCAACACUCCGAGUCCUCAUCCUGUGGACACUCUUACCAUUAGACAGCAGGAGGGUCCAACGUGGAAUGGAUUCAGGGAUAGUCUGCACAUCGUUUCAUUGUAUGGAAUGGCCAUGAGGUAGAGAGCAACCUCCAAUUUGGCAAUAUUACUCAGCAAUUAGCUUUUAAGUGACAACAAAUCAGUGCCAUAACAGAAAAAUUGAAGAAUGUAACACUGGCUGCAAAGUUGGCUUUUGAUAAGCAGAGAACAGAGGAGGGUCACCUACUUCCCAAAAACCUUGACGGACAGAAACAAAUUCUCUCCAGAACCACAACCCUGCCUUCCCCCAAUCACCACUCCCACAUUAAAGUCAAUUAUGUUACAUGGAUGAAUGGCAGAGGGAGGGAGGUUAGAAAAUGGACUCUGUUAAGAUGACAAGGUAACAAGUACCACAAUAGCCCAAUUGUCAACCUCAGCCCCCUGAUAUAUCACCCUUUACCAGAUUCCAGCACUCUAUUUGGACCCCCCCUUGCCAUUCACAGGAAUCUGCCCCUGUCUUUGCAGCAAAAAGAUUGCACUCCGAGACUCUGCGUUUGUGCCCACACUCGGGUGCAGUUCCAGAGGGACAGGUUUCGGAAAAUGAUAAGAGAUGUCAAGUGUGUUAAAUAUUCAACUGUUCCUACCCCCACUCCCAUUUACUGCUCAUCUGUCAUGCAUUUGGAUUUACAAUGACCCUCUCCGUUGCAAUGUCCGAAUCUUAGCAGCAAGGAUUCCCGGAGAUGAAGAACAGUACAUUUAGAUGCAAAGCAAUAAUGGAUCAGAAGUCGGUCAGACAGCCACUUAUGUAGUCGCAUACUGAUAUAUACAUCAACUCCACCCAGCUAUCUUAGCUUCAUAUCCCUUAAAUGCCCUUCCUUACCGUCUUCUGCCAACUUGCCAUUAUUCCAACAUCCAGUGUAUCAUUUGCCGUCCCCGUACUUGCCUCUAACCUUUAUCUCACAGCAGCAGACAUUAUGGACUGGGCUGUUUAAGGUGAAUCGAUAUCAUAUUGAAGGCAGUUAGAUGCCUUCCACCCUGCAUAAAACAAAAUAUCUGUACAAGAUCAUCUUUGGAUGAGGACAAAGAACCUUGUCCAACCCAUUUGAUCGCCUCCUUGCUCAUUUAUGAACCAAACCAUAGCAUCUGCCACUCCUUCAAUCGGCCUUCACCUCAAGAAAACUCAGCCUUGGAAGAAUCAGCCCGUAGUGCAUCAGUGACCCCUUUCUGACCUCGGCGGCAGAUACAGUCGUGGAUGGUGCUCCUUGCAGUGACACGAGAGACCCCUCUUAGAACACAAACGACUUGAGCAUCAGCAGAAACCACUGAGAGGUCCAUUCUGGGACGGGACUCUUUCCCAUUCUUGGUUUCACUGUUUGGAGACAGAACUGGACACAGCUGCAAAACGUGAACAUGACAGGAAAUGUGCAACCGGCAGUCCCCAGUGCGUGACAAUACCGACCUCACGGGAAGUGAUGAUUCACAACAACAUGCUGAUUUCGGAACACUGGAUCAAAUCAGCCAAGUUUCCACUGAUGGAGUGGAUGACUGCGCAGAAUGAAAACUGUGGCCUCAACACAGAGCCCAUUACCCUAACAUUAGGCCAGGUUUACCAGCAGCUGUCAACGCUCGGAAAGGAAAGGAAAAAAAAGAAGCAGAUGAAUUUGUGUAGCACCUUUUACAAUCUAUGGACAUUCCAAAGAGCCUUAAAGCUAAUAAGCAUGUUUUAAAGUGUAGACCAUAUGGCAACCAAUUAGUGUACAGUAAAUAACCAGUGACAAAAAUAAUGAUCUAGUGGCAGUGUACCUCUGGACUACCAGAGUACCUCUGAACUGAGAGGCCCAGGUUCAAGUCCCAACUGCUCCAGAGGUGUGCAAUAAUGUCUCUGACAGGUUGGCUAGAAAACUAUCUGGCCA